AUGUGCUUCUGGUUAGUAAAACCUCACUUCAGCAAGCAAAUUUUGACUUCUUCUACCGAUAAGGACGAAUUACUUCACUGCUACACUUUUCCUUUGAAAAUUUUACAAGAUGGAAUAGCUUCUUUUGAUUUUUCAUUGGCUGAGGAUAUUUUCUAUAAGUUACCCUAUCUAGCGGACGUUUACUUGGUGCAUUUGUAUUCUUUUUCCAAUUCCAGUCUUCUCUUAAAUACUUUUUCACCUGCGGAUUUCGUCUCUUGCAACUGUGGAUUCUAUUGGAAUUCUCAACUAGUUCACUUCUUAGACUUUUGUGGUCUACAAGUUUCUGGACACUAUAAUAAUAGAGAAGUAGCGAGUCAUGCUUGUCAGUUGUGCGGAAAAGACCGAGUUACUCCCUUAUAUAGUUUACAAAUAGAAAGAGGUAAUCUUUUAACCAAUCAAAAUGGCCUCUUCUACCCCCCAAGCUUUUUACUGAACAUUAUACGUACAACAAAUACUGAACUUUAUAAACUUUUGGUCAUAGCAAAUUACGACGCUAAUUCGGCGGUGGGUUUCAGUUUAGGUCCCAAUUUUACUGCAAAGAGAGUUUUUUUCAAUCUUGCACGGAUUAAAAAUCCUUUAAAAUUGACGUAUACUAAUUUCAUUACAGCACUAAUAGACAAACUCCGCCGUUUUGAUAACUGUGAGGAUCCCGUUAUAAAAGUUAGUAGUAGAAGCGUAACGUUUUACGUAAAUGUGUUAGGCAAUUACGUUGUGUGCAUUGAAGUUCAUUUUCCUCAAAAAGACGAGCAGUGUCGAGUGCAACUCAAAAUUGAAGAGCACGUGUGCACUUGUCGUAGUGUUGUCGAUUCUAUUGGGUCUUUAGAAGCCUUUACGCUUUUAAACGCUCUUCGUUGGUCGAUACUAUUGUUUUAUUCGUGGUGGUUGGAAGAAGCCAACCUUUCGACUAUUCCUGAUAACACUGAUUUGAGUGUUUUGCAGUUUUGUGAAAAUAUACAGAGAACAAGUGUUGUAGCAGAAGGAAUUAAAACAAAGUAUGGCCUUCAGGAUUAUCAUCUAAGAGAACUAUUUGCUUUAUAUAGAAGUAGUAAUUCGAAACUCAGUAUCACCACAACUGCAGGCGCCUCCCAUACAAAUAUGCAACAUGAGGCCAACCUUUAUAAGGAAAUUCAACUAUUAAAAUAUAAGUUACUUGCGGCAGUUAUCGAAUUUACUUUCUAA